UCCGUGAAAUUCUAGAACCAUGAAGAAACUAAUAAGGAAGUGUUUUUCACAUUGUUUCAUGCUGGAUUCCAAUAGGCUGUUUAAAGUGAAAGCAAAAAGGCACUGCAGUUAGGAAGGAUGGCAAGCAGAAAUCAAGCUGAUGAAGAUGAUUUACAGGAUUUAAUGUGCUCCAUUUGUAAGGAACUGUUUCAGGGCCCAGUGACACUGGAUUGUGGGCACAAUUUUUGUUUAUCUUGUAUUACACAUUCCUGGGACACUGAAAAUAUUGCUCGUUGUCCUGAGUGUAGAAAGGAGUUUCCAUUCAGGAAGUAUGCUGUUAAUAGAGCACUGGGUAACCUGGCAGAGAAGGCGAGGCGAGUUAGCCAGAGUUAUAAGCCAGAAACAACUAGCACUUUCUGUGAAGAGCAUCAAGAAAAACUGAAAUUAUUCUGCAAAGAAGAAAAGACACCAAUCUGUGUGGUAUGCCGUGAUUCUCUAAAACAUGCAGGGCACAGUUUCAUAACCCUACAGGAGGCUGUCAAAAUGUAUAAGGAUAAACUGAAAAUAGCCUCCUCUCCUUUGGAAUCACAACUGAAAGAGUUUAGGCAACUUCAGAACCAGCAGAAACAAAAGAUCUCUGUAAUCCAAAGGAAAACCCAGAUCUUAGAGCAGCACAUUGCAUCAGAGUUUGCCAAACUGCACCAGUUUAUCUCAAACAAGGAGAACCAACUUAUUCAGCAGCUUAAAGAGGAAGCGGCAGGAAUAGUGAGGGAGAUGGAAAUAAACAUGAAGGAAAUUCGACAGACCAUCAGCACCCUUGAGAGAAGGAUAUCUGCUGUUCAUUCAAAAGUUCAACAGGAUGAUCCCCUGCAUUUCUUAACAGAAAUCAAGGAUCAGACUGAAAAGUUCACUGAAUGGCAGAGAUGCAGUUCUGCAAACAAAGUUACAGUGAAGAGCCUAGACCUAAGUCUGCGGCCGUGCAGUUACCUUAUCCAGCACGAUAAUGGAAAGGAAAUCAAAAUCAUUAGCACGGUUCUGUCAUCUCUGAAACUAGAUCCAGAUACAGCUCACCCGGAACUUAUUGUGUCUGAAGACCAGGCCAGUGUGAGACACAGUGGCAAAAAGCAACAACUGCCUGACAACCCUGCGAGGUUUACUAAGUAUCUGUAUGUGAUGGCAUCUGAGGGAUUCACAUCAGGGAAGUACUGCUGGGAGGUGGGGGUCAGUAAUAAGACUGCUUGGUGCUUGGGUGUGGCCACAGAGUCCUGCAACAGGAAAGGAAAUAUUUACGCCCAGCCACUUAAUGGAUUCUGGACUCUGUGGUUGCAGAAUAAUGAAUACUUUGCUUGUGAAACCUCAUAUGUCGUACUAAACAUCUGUGGGAAUCCCCAGAAGAUCAGAGUCUUUCUGGAGUAUGAAGAAGGGAAGGUUUCAUUUUAUGAUGCAGAUAACCUUUUGCCAAUUUACACCUUCACAAGCACCUUCACUGAGAAACUGUACCCCAUUUUCAAUCCUUUGAGACAAACAGAUGGCAAGAAUGCAUAUCCAAUGAAAUUAUGUCAACAGAAAUUGUAAUCAAGAUUAUGAACAAUAAUUUCCAGUGCGUGACUUAGCACAACUUGGCUAUUACAGCUGUGGGUAUAUUUGUUUACAUUUGUACCCUAACCAUGUGUGUAUUUAAAAACAAUCAGACUUUCAUCAUCUAAUUAAUGUUCACGUAAAUAAAGACAGUAACAAACCA